AACAAACAAAGCAGAGGCAGAGGCAGGGGCAGAAGCCAAAGCAAAAACAAACCCACACACACCUGCUGCCCGCUUCAAGUUUGUGUGUUAGUUUUUGAGAUCUUUUUUUUUGGUCCAGGCCCAAAAGGCGUACGAAAAAGUGCACACCGAGUCGAGAUUUUCCGGUGGAAAAUUGGAAAACCGGAGCAGGACUAAGGAGACAGGAGCCACGGGCCAGAAGAAGCGCCCAGCGGAAGAACAAGACUCCCCCAAAAAGCAAACCGAUGAGACUGUCAACAUGGCCAAGUGAAUGAAAAUAUGAAGAAAAUCCAUCCAUAUUUCGUAUUUCGUGGAGCUCUGGGAAAAGUGUUUUGAAAAGUGUGUGCUGGUGCGUGUGUGGAAAUGCUUGAUCGCAGCUGAGGAUUAUUGAUUCCGUCGAAUUACGGAUUGCACAAUCCGUUCGAAUAAAAAUAAAAAAUAAACCCAACAUCGAAUAACGUAAAAGGCCAAACGCAAUAUAUACAUAUAUAUAUAUAGAAAAAUAAAUCUUCGGCAAACAGUUGCAGCUGCCUACUUAGGCUAAUUGAUUUUCAUUUCGGUUUCUGUUUUUAACAUUUGUUUGUUAGCUGACUUGUUUGUUUGUUUCUUUGCUUGCAAUGAGGCGUUCAAAAGCUGCCAAUCACAACAACAACAAGAAAAUCUUCAACAACAUUUACAACAACAGUUACAACAACUCACCAAAUGAACAGAAAAAACAGGCAAAAAACCAACAAGCACAAGUACAUGAAGCUGAAGCUACGCGACAAUUGCGUUUGCGCUUUUCCCUGUUUUUUUAAUUAAUUUUAAGUGUCGCCGGUAUUUCGUUGGCCCUUUUGCGAUAGGGGAAAAAAGCACAGAGAGAGAGAGAGAGCGAGGGAGAGAGAGUGUGAGGAAAUCCUCCGGAAAUCGGCAAUUUAAUUUACAAUACAACAUUAGUACGGGACAUAAAAACGGAUAAAGGCGAGCAGCAAAAGGAGCACCGAAAAUGUUUGCCGGAAUUAGGAAGCGACUGGCACGCAAGCAAAACGAGAAGGACUGCGAUGAGGAUGACAAGGACGAUGUGCACGAUGCAAUGCCGCCGCCACCGAAUUACAUACAAAUAUCCCAGGGCAGGAUACAGCUGGUGCAUCAGCCCCGAACUCCCGUGGAAUCGGAGGUGGGGACUCUGUCCCUGGAGCGGCAUGGCGGCUCAAGCUUUGGCUCUGGCUCAGGAUCCGGAUCGGGAUCUGGUUCUGGAUCUGGUGGCUGUGAUAAGGAUUUGUUGGAGAAGCGGAUGAUUGAAGUUGAAGGCGCUCUGCUGCGUUUGCAGGAGGAGUUCCAGAAAAGCCAAUGCGGGUCGCCAACGUUCGAGAAGGAAUUGCGCGAACAAAUUGAGAACAUGAAUCGCAUUAUGAAAUCCAAAGAACGCAAGCAAAUGCAGACAUGUCGGGAUCACAAGGCACUGCAGACUCGCUUUGCCCGCCAGGAGAAUCUUCUGCAGUCAAUGCAGCAGGAGAACCGUGCCUUGCUCACCCGUAUCCGGCAGUAUGAGCAUUGCCUGGAUGACGUGAUGCGCAAGGUGGUGGAUGCCAUUGUGGCUGAGGAUAAUCUCCGGGAGGAGGUGAGCAUGCUGAAGGGCAGGGUGCGUGACCUGGAGGCACAGAAUGCGGCCUUAUCUGCCAGUCCGGUAAAGGGACGAGACGAAGGUUACUGCACCAUGAGCAGUGGACAACCGCAGCCCUCGAAUGGACAUCUGGAGGAUCUGCCAGAGGAACCAGAGCAGUGGCUUCUACCCGCCGAGCCCUGCUCCACGGAAAUGGAGGACUGGAGCAUGUCGCAGGAGGAGCUGGCUGUGAUGACCUUUGACGAUGAGCGGGAUCAGCAACAUCAUCUCCUGCAGCAGCAGCAGCGAAGGAAGCGGGAUCGAGAACACGACUGGCUGUGGCCCUCAAGUGACUUUAUUAACUCUACCACCGUUGAGACGGAUUCUGUGGCCGAUGGGAUUGCCCAGCUGCUACAGCAGAAGAUUGUUUACUCCGAGGACGAGGAGGUGGCCUGCACGGACUUUACCAAUGACUUUUACAAACUGGUCAACAUACGCUCCAACUCCUCGCGUAGCCUUUAUUCCUACUUAGAGGGUGAAACGGAUGACGAGGAUGACGAGGAGGAUGAGGAUGGCGAAGACUCCAGCAUGUCAGAGAGCCAGGUGGGACCUGUGGGACGCACUAAUGGCGGUAGUCCUACACCCAGCGAAGCAGGCAGGGCCCAGCUGACCAGCUGUUCCUCCAGCGAAACGGAAGAACUGUCCCUUAGUCAGGUGAAAAAGGACGAGGAGCCUGACUAUGCGGUCAUCGAUGAGUGCCGGCGACGGGUCAGCGACAUAGAGAUCGAGGAUGUACCUCUGAUUGUAAGCAGUAGUACACCCAUGAAGCCCUUGGAUGAGCAGCAGUGCAUAGCCCAGAUCAUCAAGAGUGAACUGCGUAGGCCUCCGCAUGUCCUUGUCAAGUCGAAAUCGGUGCUGGAGGAUCAAGAGCCCAGCUGUAUCCUGCGACACAAUCAGCGCCGCGAACUGGAGUCCACCGUGGUGCGCAGCGAUAGCAUCAGCUGUGCCAUGAUGUCGAAGAUGGCCAAAGAACUGGUGCCUCCGUCACCGGGAAUGGUGACCAAGCUGAAGGAGCGAAUGCUGAUGAGGCAGGCAUCCACGCCGCCAACGACCAGCUCGUGGCGAAGGAGUAAUGGCUGGAAAAGGGUCACAUCGCCAGUGCAUCCACCAGCGGCAGUUUCGCCAAAGAAGAAGGAAGCCAAGUCAACGGAGCUGCCAAAGAGUGGCCUGCCCACCAGAAUUCCAACGAGCAUACAUUCAUCGGUGUCCUCGUCCUCCUCGAUGUCCUCAUCCUGUUCGCCCUCGCCAUCCUCCCCAUCGCCGCAGUCUCCGCAGCAGCAGCAACAGCAGCAGCAAAAAUCCCCCGGCCAACAGCAGCCACAGCGAAAAUCCAAGAUUCCUCCGCCCGUUCCCGUGCGACGAUCCUAUGCGAGUUAAGGAACCCGCCACUCUGCGAAAUCUCAAAUCAAUAAUCGUCAAGCUAACAAAUAUUUAAAGAUUUAAAAGACUAAAUUGUGAUAUAUUCAAACAAAAAAACAAAACAAAACCGAACAGACACGUUGAAGGAGCAGGAUUAGGAGGAGCAAGCGAGUAUUUAUAUGUAUAUUGUACAUUUUUUGGAGAUGUUUUACCUUGUAAGCGGCACUGCCAACAACUGUUUCCCCCGAGAUACGAAUUACCAUUACCAAAUCGCAGGGCUCGCCCUGCUCUAUGCCGUAUAUUUUGUAGAGCAGGCGGACGCAGCCACCAAAUCAGUGGGUUAUACUAACUAAAAUGGGACAAUUUGAUUGAUUUCAAACUGAAUUCAAACUACUUACUAUUAGCUAUGAAAACUAAAAACUGUAGUCUUCCGCACACCACUCGAGUGUAUUCGAAGUAAUAGCAUUUUGUAGGACAUGGUUAAUCACAUAAACUAAAAGGGAAACUAAGCUAAAUCACACACAGACACAGCAGUUGAACAUUUGCAUUUAAGGGUGAAAUAUUUCAAAGUGUUUACAAUGCAGUAUAUGUAGAAUGCAUAUAGUACGACAUAUAUAUCUAUACGGUUUCUAAGCGAACAUUAAAAAACGACAAAACAUAACAAUAAAUGAAAAUCUGUACAUAAAAAGGCUCUUCUCUUCAAACCGUAGUUGGCGUUAGCUCCGGCUCCUCAGGGGCUGCUGCCACCGACUAAUUUAUCGCAGCAGCAUCCCGCAUCCUAAUUAUAUAACUAAACUACACACCCUAUCUAUGUAGAACAGAACAGGCACUAUUAUAUAUGAUCGAGGUGGGAAGAAACGUGCGUAGUUGUGUAAGCUCGUAUAUAAACAUUAUAAAUGUAUUUUCUUAGCGUAGCCAGUA